AUGAGAAUUUUAUUUAAUGCUUAUGUUCAACAAGAGAUUUUGCCAUGCCGGCAUGUUGAAGAUAAUGACAUAAAAUAUUAUGGCGAAAGAGAGAAAGCAUACCUUAAUGUAUUUUUACCUUUCUCUAAAGUUGAAUGUAGCAACAGAAGAAGCAUCAACAGUAGUAGCAUCAACACGAAUAAAUGGAGAAGUGCGAUGAAGACGUUCAUGUCCAUCGUUUAA